GAGAAAUAAGAGGUUAUUUUUCUAGGUAUAUCUGUAUUUAUACACUUCUUGUUUUGAUUUUCUCAGGACCCCCAAACAAUUGAGAUUGCAGAGGAAACUCAAGAUCCAUUAAGCCGAUACAUUAAGGUAUGGGAGAGACAGAAGACUCGGAGAAGAAUGGCAGUGCAACCAAAGCCCAGAAGGAGGAAAAGCACGAAAAGAAAGAGAAAAAACAUGCAGACAUGGAUGAGAAAGAAGGGAAAGGGGAAGAGAAAAGCAAAGAUAAGAAGAAGAAAGACAAAGAUGGUAAAGAUAAGGAAGAUGGUGGAAAGGAGAAGAAGAAGAAGGAUCCUCAAGAUACGACGGAUCCAACGAAACUGAAGCAGAAGCUCCAAAAGAUUGAUGCCAAGAUGCAAGAAAUGGCGACAAAGAGAGAAGAAAUCUUGAAACUUCUUAAUGAAGCUGAGAAAAAUGCCGCGAAUCCAAGUUAAAAAAGCAUUUUCUAAAAAUGUGAUUGGUUCCAAACUGUUUUUGAAAAAUAAAAUAAAAUAAAAUCUGAAAACAACCCAC